GCCAUAUGCUACCCUUGUCAUCUCUGUGUGCCUAUCUUUUCAAGAAUCAUCACCUCUCAAAGCUCUCUCUUCAUUUAGCAAUUCCUCUAUCAAAUCUUUUGGGUUUGGAAUAGAGAAAGAAAAAGAGAGAUGGGGAGGCAACCAUGUUGUGACAAAGUUGGAUUAAAGAAAGGGCCAUGGACAGCUGAAGAAGAUAAGAAACUCAUUAACUUUAUCCUCACCAAUGGCCAAUGUUGUUGGAGAGCUGUUCCUAAGCUUGCAGGGUUAUUAAGGUGUGGAAAGAGUUGCAGAUUAAGAUGGACAAACUAUUUAAGGCCAGAUUUGAAGAGAGGUCUUUUAUCAGAAUAUGAGGAGAAAAUGGUCAUUGACCUCCAUGCUCAACUUGGCAACAGAUGGUCCAAGAUUGCAUCUCAUUUGCCUGGAAGAACUGAUAAUGAAAUCAAGAAUCAUUGGAACACCCACAUCAAGAAAAAGCUUAAAAAAAUGGGUAUUGAUCCUCUCACCCAUAAACCACUUCCAACCACUGAAUCAUCACCAUCACCACCACCACCUCCACCUCAAGAACAAGAAAUUCAAGAAAAGCAACAAUUAGGGGAAUUGGACCAAACCAAGAAAAUAGAUCAAGUGUCUAUAAAUUCAAGAAUCAGUGAUGAUGAGGCUAAAACAGAGGAAAUCACAUUAUAUGACCCAAUGGAGCUAAUUUCUAAUAAUAUUGGUUCUAAUACUCAUGAUAAUAAUGAUGAUGACGGGUUUUGCAUAGAUGAAGUUCCACUAAUUGAACCUCAUGAAAUAUUGGUUCCUUCUUCUUCUUCUUCUCCAACAACAACAACACCUUGUUCUUCUUCAUCUUCAUCUUCAUCUUCAUCUUCAUCUUCUUGUUCUUAUGGGUCAAACAAGAAUAAUAGUGACAAUAAUAUUCAUGAAGAGUUACAAUUUCCAGAUUUUGAGUGGCCAAACAGUGCUAUUGAAUUGUGGGAUGAUGAGUUGAUAAGCGGUUGUUGGGAUUUAUUAAUCAAUGAUGCUGAUGCUGCUGCUUCUUCUGUUGAUGAUCCUCCUCCUCUGAAUCAGUGCCCAAGAAUGGUUUUGGAUCAAGAUUCUUGGACAUUUGGGAUUCUGUAGUAAUUUGGAGAGAAAAGAAAAGAAAAUUUGAUGUGGGGCUUAUAAGCUGUAGCUUUGUUUGUUUAGUUGCUAAAAUACAAAGGGAGAAAAAUAAAGAAUCUGGGAAAACCCCCGUCUUUGAUUUUAGCCUAUUCUUGAAACCAUUUUCUUCAAUCUUUUGGAGGGAAAAAGUUUAUAAUAAAAGUGAAAAUGAAAAACUUUUGUACAUGAUGGAAUUGUAUACUUUCCUUGGUUGUGAUUUUUUUUGUCCUUUUAAUUUUUAAUUUAUUACAAUAAUGAUAUUUUGUGAAUA